AUGCUUUAUAAGUCUUCCUAUUACUCUGAUCUGAAACCUUUGGAUAGAAAUCUUCAACCGCAACCUAAAACUCAAUUUUUACCUGAAAUCCAAGUGUACCAAUAGUUUAAAUCCCUCCAAAAUAUCCCACACACAAGUAGAGCAACAGAUGCAUUAUUGUCUGCCAGAAAUAGUCUUAUUGAUCAAAUUCAAGAACCUCAAACAUCAAGAUCCUCAUAUCAUUCCAUUAUCAAGAAUAAGAAAUACUCCCUAAAUCCAGAAUAACCAAAUUUAAAAAAAGGACUAUUAGUCAAAUUCGAAGAUUUGGGAACCCAAAAUAAUUAGCCUAAAAGUAUAUUAAAAAGAAAAAAUUCGAACAGUAGUCAACACUCAGACGUCUUAGAUUUCUUUGAAUUAGUCGAAGAACAACCUCUGCCAGUUCGGAACAAAAAGCACACUAUUCUUGAACCUCUACAAUCUACUCCUUCUCCACAAAUGGCCAAUGCUAUCUCGCCUAAAAGAGUCUCCUUUAACAAACAAAUCUAAGUCAAAUUAAUUAGUGAUGAUUAUGUUGAUUCCAAUGAAAAAAGACUAUAAAGUAGACACCUCCUCAGAAGAUAGUUGACAGACUUUAUAAAUUGAUGACAAUCAUAC